GGCCUCGUCACCGUUUGUCACAGUAUGCGGCAAACUCACAAUCACAAGUCGUGCUCGCUCUGCAAUGGAGAACGAAACUCCAUGUUGAAGUGGUCGGCAGCAAAUAUCUGCAAAUCUCACUCGUGUGACCUCCUAAGCUUAUAAUUCACGUCUGAGCGUGAACAUGGCAAGGAAAUACAGCGUUUCCAGGCUGGUCUCCUGUCGAUCGUUCAGGAGAUGUGAAAGUUUCUCGCAUGUUCAGUUUUGGAUGAAGUUUGUCAUCUGCGGUUUAUGAACACACAAGCUCCCAAUGUCAGACGUACUAGAGUGCUGUAAUUCAUAGGAUGGGGCUCCUGCCGAUUCCCUGAUGUUAUCUAGGUGCUAUAUGG